AGCGACUAACUGACCCGUUAACACUUCAGUCUCGUUCUGGACAUCUUCCGAUAACGUCAUAUUGUCUUCGAUCCGGCUCUAAGACACAAGGAAGCCGAUUCGUGUCUUCGUUACACGGAUUGAAAGUAGAGCCGAUCGAAGGCAGUUUAGAAGUCGGGCGUGUGGCACGCGCGAUGUGUUUGAAUUAAAAGAAAGAAAAGUUCGCUAUAGUGCUGGUGAAUUGGAUAAUAUCUGGUAAUCAGGACUCGUUAAGAAUUUAGUUGAACCUUGUGCAAAAUGGAACAAGUCGAGGAAAAAGGAAAUGAAAGAAUUGCGCUAAAACGAGAGCUAGGUCUCUUCAGCGCAGUAAGCUUCAUCGUAGCUGUUAUGAUCGGUUCUGGAAUUUUUGUGUCCCCGACCAGUGCUCUUGAGAGAUCAGGAUCCGUCGGUUUUUGCCUAAUUGUUUGGAUUAGUUGUGGCAUAGUGUCUCUUCUAGGAGCUCUCGCAUUCGCCGAAUUAAGUACAGUUGUACCACGAUCCGGAGCUGAAUACGCAUAUUUUAUCGAAGCUUUUUCACCCUUGCAUCAAUAUGCUGGACAAAUACCUGCAUUUAUAUGUUCCUGGGUUUAUGUGAUGCUACUACGACCAGCAGAAGUGGCUGUAAUUAUGUUAACAUUCGCUGAAUAUAGCGUGCAACCAUUUUCCGGAUAUUUAAGCAACCUUUCCGAGGAAUCGACGUUUAAAUUGAAAAAGCUCAUAGCUAUUCUAGCUCUUGGAUUGAUCACAUACAUCAAUUUAACCAGCGUAAAGUUAUACGUUAAAGUUCAAAAUAUAUUCACUGUAUGUAAAGUAGGUGCGUGCAUUUUUGUAAUCAUUGGUGGAAUGUGGUGGUUAUGUACCGGUCAUACGGAAUUGUUGAAGAAACCAUUUGAUGGUACUACCGAUUCACCUGGUGACGUAGCGUUAGCCUUUUACAGUGGAUUAUGGGCUUAUGACGGAUGGACUUCCGCUGCAAUCGUUACGGAAGAGAUCCAGAAACCAGAAGUUAAUAUUCUUAAAAGUAUUCUAAUUGCGGUACCUUUGAUUACCGUGUUAUACGUUUCGAUGAAUUUAAUGUACAUGGCUGCUUUAACGAUACCGGAAAUGAUAAGCGCACCAGCUGUAGCAGUUCUCUGGGCGGAAAAAGUUCUGCCCUCCUGGUUGAGCUUUGUAAUACCUUUUGGUGUCGCUUUAUCUACUUUUGGAUGCAGUCUUAGUAUUCAAUUUGGAGUAUCCAGACUCUGCUACGUAGCCGGAAGUGAAGGCCACAUACCCAGAGUCUUUAGUUUUGUGCACAUUGAGAAAAUGACUCCAGCCGCAGCAGUAGCAUUUCAAGGCUUGCUUGCGUUAUUCUGUAUGCUUUUGGGAGAUAUUAUCGCACUUAUCGAAUUCGCAAGUUUUUUGACGUGGGUGUUCUAUGGACUUGCGAUGUUGUCGUUAAUAAUUAUGCGACGAACGAAACCAGAUGCAUCUAGACCAUACGCAGUACCAAUUAUGAUACCUUGGAUAAUAUUGAGUAUUUCUAUUUUCCUGGCUGUAACACCGAUUAUUCACGAACCAUCGUUCAAAUAUUUAUUUGCACUAUUAUUUAUUCUUUGCGGUAUAGGCAUCUAUCAUACAUACGUUUACAAGAAAGUUAGAAGUUCUUUAGCAGCGAAAAUUACAUACCUGAUUCAAAUAUUAUGUCUAGUUGUCGCUCCAGAUAAAAAAGACUGAUGUGGAAUAAUUUUUCAUUUCAUACGAAUUUAAUUGUACAUACUGAGAUUUUCGUAAUA